AUGUCCGAGAAGAAGGAAUACAUCAGCCCUGCGGGGUUACGGCUUGAUGGCCGUCGGCCGCAGGAGUCCAGGCGAAUGACUUUAGAGUUUGGCAAGGUGCUGGGAUGCGAUGGCUGCUGUACGGUGAUGAGUGGCUUGGCUACCGUGUGCGCCUCCGUGUACGGCCCCCGCGAGGUCACGAAUAGGUUGGAAAGCAAAUACAAUGAGUGCAUUAUUACAUGUGAAGUUGCCAUUGCCGCCUUUGCCGGGGAAAAGAGACGUGCGCCUCAGAGAAGAUCUAAGUUGUCAGAAGAAAUGAGUGCAGCUGUGCUGGAAGUGGCCCGCUCUGUAGUUUUACUGUCGCAGUACCCAAACUCGCAGAUCCACAUCUGUGUUGAGGUAUUGCGACAAGAUGGGAGCGACAAGGCUGCCUGCAUCAAUGCAGCCUGUUUGGCUCUUGUCGACGCGUCCGUGGCUAUGCGGGACAUUGUGUACGCACAAACGGUGGGUCUGAUCAACGCCGUGGAUGUGGUUGACCUCACGACCGAAGAGAUGCGCUCCCAGUGCCCAACGAUUUGCAUCGCGGUGAAGGGGCACGAUCCCUCU